AUGAGCGCCGUCGCCUUCGCAUUCGAUGAAGCCUUCUUCUACGCCCUGCUACUAAUCGUUGGAGGGGCUAUCGGGUUCGUCCAGGCCAAGAGUAAGCCGUCACUAAUUGCCGGCACCAUCUCUGGCGUGCUGGUCUUCGCUGCGGCGAAGCUUGGGUCUUCCUAUGAUAACUUGACGGGACUCUUCUGCCUGGCUGCCAUUGCGCUCGUACUCGCCGUGUUUUUCUACUCGAGGUACGUGAAAACUCGCAAGUUCAUGCCGAGUGGCCUCAUGUGCGUCAUCAGCGCCUUGAGUUUUUGCAUUUACUUUUAUGCUGUUGUUGUAUAA